AUGGCUCUCAACGGUACCAAUGGUAAUCGCGAUCACAGAAAGCCGUGGAUUAUGAACGCCUUCGCCAUGACCGCGCCUGGACACCUAGCCCCGGGACUGUGGCGCCAUCCACUACAAGAAAAGCAAACGCUGGCUCAUUGGGUGGAAUUGGCAAAGACUCUCGAUGAAGCCAAGUUCCAUGGACUGUUCUCGCCGAUGUGCUGGGGCCCUGGCAAUAAGUGGCCUGCUCUCAAGUCUGCGGCUCAGAUACCUAUACUGGACGUUAGCCUCAUGGUAUCCGCGAUGGCUCAAGCUACGAAAGGCCUAUCUUUUGGUGUGACUGCCUCAACGACUUAUGAGGAUCCUUGUACGCUGGCUAGGAGGUAUUCGACACUUGAUCACAUCACUGAUGGUCGUGUUGGCUGGAAUAUUGUGACGAGCGAUCUCCAGUCCGCAGCAGAUUCUUACGGUCUGGAAGUGCAGAUUGAGCACGAUGAACGCUACAGGAUGGCUGCUGAGUUCCUGAAAGUCACAUACAGCCUGUGGGAGCAAAGCUGA